UUAUGUCGUGGUGCCGGGUCAAUUCUCUCUGUUUUCUCAAAAUCUCAGCUCCCUUUCUCCGCCACAAACUACCUAGCUCAAUUCAAUAACCAUGUAAUUUCCUGCACAUAAAACCUCAUUCGUUUCACUAAUGGAUUUGCAGUCCGUUAUACCUUGUCUCUCAUUCUUUCUUUACCUCCAUGGCUGUUGUUUCUUCCUCUCGGUUUCUUUCACUGUCAUUCUCUUCAAACCCCAACACUCCUGCUUCCUGUUGUACUUGCGUGAAAAUGAAAACGCCCGGUGCUGUGAACAAAGAUGCAGCAGCUAUACUAUGGUACAAGCACGAUCUUCGUAUCGACGAUCACCCAGGAAUUGUUGUAGCUUCUUCUAUGCACCGGACCCUUGUACCUUUAUACAUCUUCGAUCCCCGCAUUCUUUCUCGAUUUUCUGAUGACAUGGUCGAGUUACUUCUUUUUGCGCUGGAAGAUCUGAAGCGUUCACUGAAGGAGCGAGGAUCUAAUCUGAUGAUCAGGUUCGGGGCUGCAGAGAGUGUCAUAGAAGGGCUCGUCAAAGAGGUUAAGGUUACCAACAUAUAUGUAGAGGAGGAGGUAGAGUUUGGCUUAUGGAGUAUGUUAGAAGGUGUAAAAGAGACCUUGGAUACAAUACCUUCUGCUGAGGGGACCCCAAAACUUGUAAUAUGGAACACUCCAUUUUAUGAUAUGAAGAGCUUAAAGGUUUUGCCUAAAUCGUAUGCUGAAUUCAAGAAGCUGAAAUUACUCAUCACAUCACCUCUUUCUUCUCAAGUGUUACCAAAUGAAGAUUUGAGCUUCUCUUGGGGUACAUUGCCCACAUUAGAAGAUCUAAAGAAAUUUAUGGAUGACAAUGUUGGCAUGUCCCGAAACAGAUGGGUUUUGAUUGAGAAGGCUUCAUCUGCAAGUGAAUUGCAAAAAGCCCAAACUGCGACUCUGAGUACUGUUGUUCAAGGUCUGAGAGAGCAAGAGUUUAUAGAAAACAGUCCAAAUGAAUCAACUCUCAAGAAAAUUCAGAGGAAGCGACAUGUUAAAUCAGUCUUCGUAACACAAAGUGGAAAUAUAGUGGGAGGUGGUACAAAUCUUGUGUUGAAUGCUUUGUCUGCAUAUUUGAGAUAUCUGGAGGAAACUUCACAAGAUGAAUGGAAGGAGGUACAUGAAAAAAUGCGUGCAGUGGAAACUCGGGAAGGAGCCUCAUUUGGUGCCCUUUUUGGGUCUGCUCUUCUUCUUGGAAUAAUUUCCAGAAGAAGAGUUUAUUAUGAAGCGUUUGAGUAUGAAAAAGAAAGAAAUGCUGGAAGUAUAUUGCCUUUUGGAUACUUGGCGAAAACGGUUGCUGCAGCAUUUAAUACUGUGUGUUCAAUAGAGUGGUAUACGCUAUUGGCUUUGAAAGGUAAGGAAGCUAGUUGGAGAGGUUCCCCUGUUAGGAUAUGGAGAUGGAAUGGCUAUCUGAUUCAUUAUACACUUACUGGGGAUGAAGGCCCUGCUCUUCUCCUCGUGCAUGGUUUUGGUGCUCUAUGGAGCCAUUAUCGUGACAAUAUAGAUAAUAUUGCGGAAGGUGGAAAUCGAGUCUGGGCGAUGACUCUCCUGGGGUUUGGUGAAUCAGAAAAACCAAAUAUUGUUUAUACUGAAGUUGUGUGGGCAAAAUUGCUUAGAGAUUUCAUAAUUGAAGUAGUUAGAGAACCUGUCCAUCUUGUUGGAAACUCAAUUGGCGGCUAUAUUGCCGCCAUUGUCACUUGUCUUUGGCCUGCUUUGGCAAAGUCGGUGAUCCUUUUGAACAGUGCUGGCAUUGUUGUUCCUGGAUAUUCUGGUGCAUGCCGUUCUGAUGUUAGGGAAACUUCAGGAGCAGCCUGGCUAGGUGCUCGGUUCCUUUCACUGUUCUUGCGCUUGAAUCUUAGGAACACAUUGAAAAGUUGCUAUCCAAUCAGAAGUGAUCGUGCAGACAAAUGGCUUAUCCAGGAGAUGCUGCGAGCAUCUUAUGACCCUGGUGUAGUGGUGGUCUUAGAAAGUAUUUUCAGCUUUGAUCUUUCUGUCCCUCUUAAUUAUCUUUUGCAAGGAUUUGAGAAGAGAGUACUUGUACUACAGGGAAUGAAAGAUCCACUUUGUGACUCACGUUCGAGGUUAGCCAUGCUGAGAGAGCACUCUGAAGGAAUCGUAAUCAGGGAGUUAAAUGCUGGCCAUUGCCCACAUGAUGAGAAACCAGAGGAAAUCAACUCUAUCAUUCAGGAAUGGGUAGUGACACUUGAAAGUGAAGUGCUUACAACUAGCUCAAAAAGCACAUUUCACGUGAGCUAACUGGCAGUAUAAAAGCUCAAUCAAACACUGGUAUUGCACUAUGAUGAAUGAUAAUACAGUCUGCUAGUUUCUCCCUAAACUUCUUUCCUCAUCUUUACUCUUUUCUCUUGUUCUUCCCUUUUAUCUAUUCUUGUUUCUUCUCUGCUCUUCGAUACCAAUAAUUUAGUAUCAAUUGGCAUUAGAGCCACGACAAUUCCAUGUCCCUCCGAAAGUCUGCUGAGUUAAUUGCUAAUGGCCAAGCUCCAAAUCUACAUGAGCAGUACAAGGAUUUGGCAGCGGAACAAUUGGAUCAAUGAAUCCUAAUUGAGCAAAAGCAUCAAGAGAUGCGAGCUGAUAUAGAUUGGAUGCAUGCAGAGCUUAUCCAAAAGCUUAUCUCACUCAAAUAGUCAGUUGAUGAUUUGCACUUAGAUUCGCAGUCAAACGACACUGCUUCUUCCUUCAUCAGAGAAUAGUCAGUUAUGUUCACGGCGUCACAUAUUUUUGCUUAGUGCUGUCAAAUUUAGAAGUAUCCUUGCUUUUGAAACUCUUGACGACCCCAAGGGCAUUUGGCAUCAAUUUUUGUUUGAUCCUGGUUCCCAUUUGCUCAUGGUUACCAGUAGUAAUCCCUUGCUUGAAUGUUCCAAAAAUUGUUUCAGAACACAAAGCAGCAAAAUUAAUUGAAAGACCAGUUCACUUAAAUGAUAUUCCUUGGACUAUUGCAAGUUCCUGCUCUAUGAAGGCCUUAGGAGAGGAAAGAGCAUCGGAGUGUGUGUUUUUGAAAAUUCCAGCUAAUGUUAAGAAGUUGCUCUGUGUAGAUAUUGAAAUAAGACAUGUUGCUGGGACGAAGUUCUAAGGUCACUUUGCCACAUGUUGCUUGUGGAUUUUGUGCCGCAGAUUCGGGUAAAAAGGCUAUUUGAUGAUGUUUCCAUGAUAGAAGUCGCUGGAUUCACUCUUAUCUUGGGGAGAUAAAGCCAAACAUGUCCUAUGCAGGAUAGCAUUGAUUGCACACGAGUUUAAUGUGGUUCCAAAUUCCAAUGGCAUCCUGCUUCACAUGGCCUAUUGUUUCUGCUCUUCAAGAAGCUAGUUUGGACUUCUUCUGUGGCUUAAAACAUUCUUUUACGACUACAACUCCACCAUUUGAUUUAGUGAGCUAUAGAGCUUUAAUUGCUCUUAUUGUUGUGCCCCAAAACCAAAAAUAUCUACACACUACAACUGCAACGACACACUUUAUAAUCGUUUCUGUACCUGGGGUUUUGUUGACAAUGGAAGGUUCUCUGCAUUUUAUUAGAACUAUUUCAGCAAUUAUUCCAGGGGAAAA